AUGAGCUCCAAGGCAAACAGGAGGCUGUCCAAAGGCCAGAGCCACAUCGACCCAGAGCUCGCCAACCUCCCCCUCCAUGAGCUGCUCGAUAGGACCUCGAGCAACGGCGCCAACGAUGACUUGCCCGCCUACAGCGUCGCCCCCAGGACAUGCCGCUCCCCUCCCGCUCUCCCCGCCCGGCUUCACCCCCGCCCUGCCCUUCACCACUCUCCAGCUCAGCAACGAGCCCCCGUGUUCCCCAACGCGGACACGUGCCUCGCCCACCUCAAGCUGCUGUACGCCUUUCGCAACCUCAAGGAGGACAUCGGGUAUAGCGAUGGCCUGUGGGGCAUCACGGACCCGGAGCCCGCCGAAAACCCGAACCCCCACUUGCUCAGUCGGCUGAGGAGAAGCGCUGGGCCAUCUACCUCGCCAGGGCCGUGGACCGAUAUCCUCUUGCACCGGUCUCCCUGGAAGCUCAUCAACGACGCCAUCAACGACGACUUUACCUACCGUGUCUCAGACGAGGCCAAGAAACAGUGGACCGCCCGCACCAACCGGCCGUGGGACAACGUCGACGAGCCCGCAACCAAAAUUAUCCAGUGUCCCGCGUGCCGAGGCCGGUGCUCGGUGCCGUGGACGAGCUGGCGUGCGGACCUGCGGGACCCCUCGGACGCCGACUUCGAGGGCCGCGGCUACGGCGACGGCCGCCUCUUCCUAUGGUGCCCCAACGAACAGUGCGGCAUGGCCCUGACCAAGGACCGCCUCUGCCUCGGCCGCUUCGUCGACGACGUGCGCCGCACCUUGCUCGACGGAUCUCCCAUGCCAGGUACCUUGCUCAAGCUCGAGUCCGGCCUGCCCGUCGCCAGCGUCCCCGGCAAGCCCGCGCUGCACGCUUUUCCCAGCUACCUCGUCCGCGACUCCAUGCGACCCCUCUUCGUCGACUUGUUUACCGCACCCGGCCCGGGCGUGAGCGUGCGGUCCCGCGACCAGCCCGAGGACUUUGGGGUCGUGCGCGAGGCGUUUGGCGCCCGCCUCGCCAACAUUGCUGAAGUCUCCCGCAUCGCCGGUACCCCGUGCACAGGGGCGAAUAUUGCCCGGCGCUACCUGCCCCGGGAAGGGAGGAUGGCCGUGCGCAAGAUGCUGAGCAGAUACAAUAAUAAUUGCUCGCCGUUUGCCCUCGACUUGGUGGGGGCCGUGCUGAGGCAGGGCCUCUUUAUCGACAAGAUGCACAAGAUUGACUGGCUCCACAGCCCCUCCGCUCGGUCGACCAUGGAGCGGCUGACGGUCAAGUACAACCGGUUCCUCGAGCUCAUGGGCCGCUUCCGGCGCAAGAUGUGCGUGCCCACGCUGGACAUUGACUUGGCGUGGCACACGGCGCAGCUGAGCCCCAGCGCCUACUUUUCCACGGUCAUCCUCAAGUGUCACCGCUUCGUCAACCACGACGACAAGAUUGAGUCGGCCACGCUACAGGGCGGGUUCGAGUGGACGUCCAAGGCGUACCAGAAGAGAUUCGGCGAAGUGUACUCGGAGUGCACGUGCUGGUACUGCGAGACGUUGAGGUCAUCGCAUAUUUCCUCGUUUGGGAGCUCGCUUGGCAUGUCGUCUCAGGAACGAAUUGCCGACAGGUUCCAUCAGUCUGGAGCAGCGCGCUUCUGCCCAUCAGACAAGUCGGCGCACAUUUCAGCGCACAACUCGGUGCGGACCUCGGUCUCGGCGUCGGCGGAAGCCAGGUUCAACAAGGAGCUUGGUCGCCAAUUCCUCAAGGCGCAGAAACGCGCGGCGCAAAAGGGCCGGUCUAUCCCGUCCAAGCGCGAGUAUCACGAUCACUGGGGAACAACGUACCUCCUUUACGGACCAAAGCACCCUACCCUUCCCCUCCACUCGGAGGAGCUCAAGAGCCAAAAACGACCCAAGGCAAAGCCACCUCCUCCCCAGAGAAGCGUAUCCGCCCACGGCAUCAUGUCCACCGUCAUCACCGGCGCCGCCUUUGGCGCGGCUCUCGUCUCCGCCGGCGUCACCGAUCCCGCCGUCAUCAUCUCCCAGUUCAAGUUUGUCAACUUUGACAUGAUCCAGGCUUUCCUCGCCGCCACCGCAACCACUACCAUCGCCGUCGCCGCCCUCGACAAACUCGGCUACGUCAAACUCAACCCCCGCUCCGCCUCCCCCUCGGCCUCCUCUCCCGCCACGACGGCAACAUCCUCGGCGGCGCCCUCCUCGGCGCCGGCAUGGCCUUGUCCGCCUCCUGUCCCGGCCGCCUACGUCGCCGUCAUCGCCGCCACCAUCAACCUCGCCGGCCCCAGCCCCUACAAGUCCCUCGUCGCCCCGGCCCUCGGCGGCGUUCUCAUCGGCGCCUCCUCGCUCCUCUCCCUCCUCCUCCGCAAGUCCCUCAUCGGCGUCUCUUCCGUCUACGAGGACAUUGGAAAAUACGUUUCGUGGCUCCUUCGCGGCGCCCCCGGCGCCAUCCCCAAGGCCUACACCAGCUCCGUCUUUGCCGCAAGCAUCGCCGCCGGCGUCUACGCCCUCCGCCUCAGGUAUCCCGAGGUCGUGCCCCUCCCCGACCCCCGCGUCACCGACUUCAACGCCGCCCUCGGCGGUUUCUUGUUCGCGCUAGGUGCCAGAAUCGCGGGCGGCUGCACCUCGGGCCAUGGGAUCAGCGGCAUCUCCCUCUUGUCUAUUUCGAGCUUCAUCACCAUUGCCAGCACUUUUGCGGCGGCCGGCGCUGUGGCCUUGUCUGUUUAUUGA